AUGGGGUUCGCUGACUACCUGUUGAGACGCUGCCUCUUGAGGAGAAGCAAGGUGCGGUCAGUGGACCAAACAUCCGCCUCGCAGGUGCCCCAGGAAGUGCCGGAGGUCGUCGUUACGGAGUCCCACGAAGGGAACGAGGCAGAUACACAAACAAGCAAUGACGGUCCGGAGAAUAAACGGGAGGACAGUUUCACGACCUUCUCGCCAGUUAAUCUGCCGAUUGUGGAAACGCCACACCAACACGAGAUGGAUGGUGUCGAGCAUUCCUCUCCGAUACAUAGAGUGGAUAGCAGCGAUAGUAAUGAUGAUAUUGUUUUAGAGGAGGAGCAAAAAAACACGACAAAUACCACCAUCCCAUUGAAGCAUGGCCCAAUGCUCUCAAGCGAUGGUCAGGAUUACGAGAAUAAUAAUAAUAAUAAUAACAACAAUGACAGUUAUCAUGGCCUUGUUGAAUGCUCAGCGCGGAGCUCAAAUAUUGUACGUCUGUCGUUAGCUACUACAAUGCCCCUGAACAGGUGGACUGGAGUUGAUCCGGAUGGUGAUGAGUUUACGUGGACGGGAAGUACACUCGAUGAACCCAUGACCCCACAGAGCUACUCCUCCAUGUAUAUGCUUAACGAGUUCAACCCAAUGAACCGCAGCACAGCGACUGGCAAUGCUAGAAAUAGCUGCACCAGUGAUACACUUUUUCAGGGAUGUCACAGGCAGGACGCGAGGUACGGUAAUUGUGCUUUGACGCGUUCAGCAGUCUCGCUGCGUUCUCCAAGAAACACCUUUGGUAAGCAAUCCGGUGAAUUCCAAGGAAGCGGGGCGAUAAAGGCAAGCUCGGCAGUGCCAGAACAUGGUCCACGUGAUAGUGGGAAACCUCCUUUAUGCUGUACAGUUUAUGGCCCUACGGAAUCAGCUUCUCACUCCACGACGUCCAACUUGACGAAUCUGUGCGUUGGUUCCGAAGCACAUAGCGCAAAGGAGAAGUUUGGUUUAAAAACUCCGACCAAUGCUGAUUCUUGUCCCUUUCCAUGUCAUGAACCAAUUUCUUUUUGGCCACUGGACUUGCUUCCUCCAGAACCAAAGGAGCUUGUGAGCGUCAAUGUUGGUAGAACUCCUUCUCAUCUCUUUAAGAAAAAAGUGGUGGAGGUUUCUUAUGCCCACGAGCGCGUAAUUGGAAAAUAUCAGCAUAUGCUCAACGAUAAGUAUGUGAUUUAUCCAAGGUGGAACCUUGGUGUGGGUUCGUACUCUGAGGUGAUGCUUUGCUACAAUCUUGAGGAUAAGGUGUACUACGCAAUGAAGGUGAUGGAUCGAGCGAGGUUGCAAAGAAAGGCGUUAGGGGUGGACUCGCCACUGCAUCGGGUGAAGUGUGAGGUUGCCAUCAUGAAGAAGCUGCGACACGACAAUAUUUUGGCAGUUGUGGAGGUGAUAGAUGACCCAAGAAGCCGAAAGAUUUAUUUAGUUUUGGAACUCGCCGAGCGUGGUGAAAUUAUGUCCAUGAAAAACGAUGGCACUGUUCUCCCCACAGGCGAUAGGGCGGCACUCAAUGAGCAGGAUGUUAUACGUGCGAUGCGUAGUAUUGUCUCUGCUGCCAUGUACGCCCACCACCUCGGCAUUGCUCAUCGUGACAUUAAACCACAGAACAUCGUACUCACCGCGGAGGGCGAUGCCAAGCUUUCGGAUUUCGGUGUUUCCAUUAUGGUGGGUGACUCGGCUGUGCGUGUGCGACGCGAGGGGACUGUGGCCUUCUUGCCACCAGAAAUGUUGGUGUCUUCUGAGUUUCAGGCGGCACCUUUGUGUCCGCGCCGAUUCAGUAGUUAUAACAGCAGUAUCGGAAAUCGUACGAGGAUGGUGCCUGCGAUGACACUCUCUUGCUUGACGCAGGAGGUGCAUCGAGGGAUUUCCAAUGUCUUUUCAACCUCGUUGAAGAGUGACUUGUUUAGAGAGUCGUGUAAUUCUGCGGAAACGGAGGUUCAUUCAGCGGCAACACCACCGUAUUCCCCGGAGGGGCCGACGAGAGUCAAUGUAAGGUCUCCAACGGCGGGCUUAGAGGCCAUUCCUCAGGUAAACCUCUUCAAGGCAGACGUUUUCUCUUUGGGUGUGACGGCAUAUGUGCUUCUAAUGGGACAACUUCCUUGGCGUGCGCGUGAUGCUCGCUCACAAUUGCAGGCUAUUCUCUCCAAACCCGAUCCGUUUGCAGUGGAACUUCGAAACGACUGCGGGGAUUCUGAAGACGGCAGAAAAUCUCAACGGAAGAGUAGGGGCGAAGUUGAUUCACAGCUUUGCCUGAACAAUGAUGCACCGCUGGGUUCUGCAAAAACGAUGUGUGGGCAGUGCCCUACAUUGCUGGAUAGUCAGGAGGAGAUGAGGGUGUCCAGAGACGGUAUGUUCCAAGUUUUAGAUACAAACAACGUGCGCGCGGUCGGCGUGGAAAAUCCAGGCGGGUGCUGGUCAUUUACGUCACUCCUCCUACCUGAGGAAGUUACAGGACACUCAGGACUGGAUGGAUCUUUGCUGGGCUGCGCAAACAGCAGUGAAUGCGAAACAGGUAAGAAUUCAUUGCCAAAUGCUAAACCCAAGUCGCAUCUGGCGAUGAUAGUCUCUUCUGACACCAGUUGCACAUGGGACGCGCGUGAAACAUCUAAACUUAACAAUCUUGCCAACGGCGACACAACAGCAACACAUGUUGGCAGGAAUCUGGUCGAACAGACACAUAAAUUUGUUUCCCCGGCAGAUCGAUCCUUCACAGAAAGCGGUGGUGAGGCAGCACACCCUCUCGUCUCAGACAGCCUUACGCAUUGCGGUCACGCGGCGGAGGGGCAGGUUAACUCCACGCCCACCAGAAGCCUGACUACACAGGUAGGGAUGGAGAUGACAAGGACCUUCCAGCAAACUGAUUUUGAUACAGUGGACACUGCAGAAGCUUCCACAGAUGCGGCGAAGGCCUUGACGACGAAGAAAAUAACAGCUGCAACGCCACUUUACAGUGAUGCUGAUAGAAGCCAACCUUCUUUACCGGUAACAAACACAAACGGUUCCAUUUCGGCAAACGCGAUUGAUUUUAUCAGUCGUUGUCUGAAUGUGGAUCCUGCGAAGCGCAGUUCAAUGGAGGAGCUCUACUACCACCCAUGGUUACAGGGUCCCAUAGCUAGUGAUGGGAAGGCAAAGGACCCAGUGGAUGUGGCAUUGCCACCUCCUUUCUCGGAUGACCUGUCAUCCGGAACCCCAAAUGUAAGGCACACCAGGAGUGACACAAGCAUGUCCAAUUUAGUUCCUGGUGUGGAUUGA